UGGAGAGUUUGAGGUUAGGGUGGUUUGUUGAUGUGCACGGUUUUCCUCGUUUGGCAAGGAAAAUGUCCCUGAAACCCAGCCUAGAGGCAUCGGAUCGCCUUAAAUCCGACAAGAGUGAUCUGAAGAAAACCCUUUCAGUUGACAGUGAUGAAAAUCCAGCAGAUUCUACGGAUUCUGAGGAGGAAAUUGAGUUCCAGCCCACGAAGCAGAAGCGUAGGAAGGCUGGAGCCUUCAGUGAGGGCUUUCAGUUUGCCUCAUCCGUUGCUGAGUAUAAUAAUGACACGUGGGACGAUGUGAUGAAGACGCUGAAGAGACGAAAGAAAACCCACGUGGAUGACGCUCUGGAGAAGCUGCGCAGCGAAGGGGGCGUUCAGGAGGACGAAGUGGAUCUUUCAGAGGAUGAUCUGGUGCAUGAUAACUUUCGGCUGAAGGAGAGCAAGAGCAAGAAGCGGCCCGUGAAGGAGGAGAAGACAAUCGUUGAGGAGAUGAACGAACCAGCGAAGCUGGAGAUGGAGGAAGUGGAGUCUGGGGAGCAAAUCACAUCAUUUCUGGAGUUGAAUUUGUCCAAACCCCUGGAGAGGGCGAUCAACAAACUGGGCUUCAUCCAUCCGACGCCAAUUCAGGCCGCCACAAUUCCUCUGGCGCUGGCCGGAAGGGAUAUUUGUGGAUGUGCCGGCACGGGAACGGGAAAGACAGCUGCCUACAUGCUGCCCACGCUCGAGAGAUUGCUUCACAGGCCCUCGAAUCAGAUGGUGACCAGAGUACUGGUGCUCGUACCCACAAGAGAGCUUGGCGUGCAGGUCUUCACAGUGACUAAAGAUCUGGGACAGUUCACGAGGAUUGAAACGUGUCUGGCGGUGGGAGGAUUUGAGCUGAAGCAGCAGGAAUCAGAGUUGAGACAGCGUCCGGACAUUGUAAUCGCUACUCCAGGCAGAUUAAUUGACCAUCUGAAGAAUACUCCAAGUUUCUCGCUGUCUUCCGUUGAGAUUCUCAUCCUGGACGAAGCUGAUCGGAUGCUGGACACUUACUUCGCCGAGCAGAUGAAGGAGAUCAUCGAUCACUGCUCGCGGACGCGACAGACGAUGCUUUUCUCCGCCACGAUGACGGAGAAAGUGCAAGAUUUGGCCACUGUGUCGCUCACGAAGCCCGUGAAGGUGUUCGUGGACAGCAAUCAGGCUGUGGCGAAGAAUCUGCAGCAGCAAUUCAUCCGCAUCCGUGGUGAGAGCGACAAGGAUCGCGAACCCUUUCUGGCCGCCCUCAUUUGUCGCACCUUUCACGAUCAUGUCAUCAUUUUCGUCCAGACGAAGAAGCAAGCUCACCGGCUGCGCAUCCUCCUGGGCUUGCUGGCCCUGAAAGUGGGCGAAUUGCAUGGGAAUUUGACGCAAGCGCAACGCCUAGAGGCGCUCAAGAGCUUCAAGGACGAGGAAAUUGACAUUCUGGUGGCGACAGAUGUGGCCGCUCGUGGCUUGGACAUCUCUGGCAUCCGCACGGUGAUCAACUUCGUGAUGCCGCUGACUUAUGAACACUACAUUCACCGCGUCGGCAGGACGGCCAGAGCUGGUCACGGCGGUGUCUCUAUCUCGCUGGUGGGCGAAUCUGAGCGCAAGAUCCUCAAGGAUAUCAGUGACAAUGCCCAGAAGGGCGUGAAGCAGAGAAUCAUCCCGACGAAGGUGAUUGCCAAGUACAAGAAUCGCAUCACGGCGCUGGAGCCGGAUUACGAUGAGAUUGUGCGUGAGGAGAUGGAGAAGAAAGCCAUCGCGAGGGCGGAGAACAUCCUGAACAGGACCAAGGACAAGCUGGAGGGCGUGCCACAGAUGAAGAGGGACUUCCCCCUGAAGAUCAUGGGCGUGAAGAAGCCGGAGAGGAAGCAGAAAAAAGUGGAAGUGAAGAAGGAGCGAAAGCAGAAGAGGACGGGAAGCUUCACGAGAGCCAUCUCGAAUGUGAAGAGCUCCAGGAAGUUCAGGCACGAGGGGAGUCAUGCUAUUAAAAUGAAGCAGAAGGGCAAGAAAGUGAGAUGAAGGGUGUGAAAAUCAUGUGAAAAUAUAAUAUUUUUUUAUGAUUCUGGGC